GGCUUCAUCCACAGAUUGCGGGGGACAUGAUUCCAUCAACAUUGACUCGCGCAGUCCGACUCACCGUAUCACAUCGUCUACAAGGGUCCAUGAUUGCAACCGGAGAGGUCAGCAGUUGGGUGGGAUUACGGCAACAAACAGGAACCGCUAAACACUAGUCCAUCCUACAGUAAGCGCCCCUCAAUUCUCAAACGUCGCAUUUGGCUAGUUGUAUACGCAUCUCUCACACGAAAUACGAACCUGAACCAUAACCAGGCGUGCCAGGCGCACCAGGAUAUACCUUAUUGUUCCCCUCGACUCGGCCCUCCUAUUUCGUCCUCGACUUCCCAUACAAUAUUCGAUUCUCGACAGCAUUCUCUGCACAUUGGUCUGUUGACAUAACUCCAGCUCGUUUUGUCUUUGUGCUACUGUCGGUUUUGUUGCCUCUUCGUAUCGUUUUCUGUUCACCAUGGUGAACUACAAAUUCGCGGCCCUUGGCCUGCUUUUGUCGACUGUUAUCUUCUUCGUUAUCUCCUCUAUCAUCUCAAAGACACGUCAUGCUCGCAAAGCAAGACAGUGGGGAUGCCAACCCGCCCAAGAGCGGAAAGCUAAGCUACCACUCGGUAUUGAUCUCGUCUGGGACAUCAUCAAAGCCGACCAGAAUCAAGUGGUCCCUGCAUUUUUCUUCGACAUAUACAAGGGGCAAGGAGUUCCAACAUGGCGCCAAAGCAUUCUUGGUACCGAACAGUACUUGACAACGGACCCCAAAAACAUUCAAGCCAUACUCGCCACGCAAUUCAAUGACUUUGAAAUUGGAGAGCAGCGUCGCGGGAAUUUUUUCCCGGUAUUUGGGAAUGGAAUAUUCACCUCAGACGGCAAAGCAUGGGAGCACUCCCGCGCCUUGCUUCGUCCUCAAUUUGCCAGGCAGCAAGUGUCCGACCUGAACCUGGAAGAGGUUCAUGUCCAAGACAUGUUCCAACAUCUUACCACAAAAGACGGCUGGACCGAUAUAGUGGACCUUGGGCCACUGUUCUUUCGCCUGACUCUCGACUCUGCUACGGAGUUCUUGUUCGGCCAAAGUGUGAACUCCCAACUCGCUGCUCUACCAGGCUAUUCGAGCGAGAAAGUCAAACAAGCCGGCAAUCUAGAUUGGACCUCGUUCGGACGUGCUUUUGAUGCUGCUACCAUGACGGUCGGGGCACGGGGUCGGCUGGCAGAGUUAUAUUGGAUAUACUCACCUAAGCACUUCCACGAGAACAUCAAAUUGGUACACCAGUUCGCUGACUACUAUGUCAAUCUCGCCUUGACUACGGACUUGUCGUCUUUGAACGAACAUCACCUCGAAAAAGGACAGAAGAAAGAGAAAUAUAUCUUCCUGAAGGAACUCGUCCAGGCAACCCGAGACCCGGUCGAGCUUAGGAGCCAACUUCUCAACAUCCUCCUAGCCGGUCGUGAUACAACCGCUGGACUUCUCGGGUGGACAUUCUACCACCUAGUCAGACAUCCUGAUAUCUUCCAGAAACUGCGUGACACCAUCGUUGAGCAAUUCGGCACGUACGAGAAUCCCAAGGAAAUCAGCUUCGAAACACUCAAGGGCUGCUCGUAUCUGCAACACACCAUGAACGAGGUCCUUCGUCACAAUGCUACGGUUCCCAUAAAUAGUCGACGAGCAACCAAGGACACGACUAUCCCUCGAGGCGGAGGUCCAGACGGCAAUUCUCCUUUGUAUGUAUCCAAGGGAACAGAGGUGGCCUAUUCGGUCCACAUCAUGCAUAACAGGGAGGAUAUCUGGGGCCCGGAUGUUGCUGAAUUCAAGCCCGAACGCUGGGUCGGACGAAAGCCGGGCUGGGAGUUCUUGCCGUUCAACGGAGGUCCACGGAUUUGUCUGGGUCAGCAGUUCGCCCUGACGGAGGCCGGAUAUGUUAUCGUGCGCAUGCUUCAGAAGUUCGACAAGAUUGAGGAUUAUGAGACGGAUCCCAUCAUGCGGCAUCAGUACAGCGUCACGACGGCGCCUGCGAGAGUGCCGCUUCGGCUGCACGAAGCGGCUGCAAGUUAGGCAUCUAGGACGGAUACAACAGAGGGGAAUGUUUGAAAGCGCCGGAUCUGUCAAUCUCCAUUUGAGACAUUGGUAAAAGCUUCAGGUUCAGGUUCAGGUUCAGG